CAUGUGCAGGACAAGAGCUUCAGUUACAACUCCAUCGUCUAUAAUUAACUCCACCGCAAAUUCAAAACCCAAAAAUGGAUGCUUUCAUCUUCUCUCUCACCAUUUCUUGCGCUCUUGCAUCCUUCCUCUACGUCUGCAAAAUCUUGAAUUGGGUAUGGUUCACUCCCAAAAGCCUCGAAACCCGCCUCCGGCGGCAGGGCUUCGCCGGAAACCCUUACCGUCUCAUCACCGGAGAUCUCAAAGAGAUCGGCAUCAUCGCCAAACGAGCCGAGUCCAAACCCAUCAACUUCGACAACGACAUCGUGCCUAGGGUUUAUCCCAUCUUCCACACAGCUUUCCAAAAAUAUGGUGAGAAAUGCUUUGUGUGGUUCGGACCAAGGCCUGCACUGAUAAUAUCGGAACCUGAAAUUGUAAGAGACAUUUUGUUGAAGAAUUACAUCUUCCAGAAGAUUCCAGGAAGCCCAUUGGCUAGGAUGCUGGGGAGGGGACUGGUGAUGCUUGAGAAAGAUGAAUGGGCCAAGCACAGAAAAUUGAUCAAUCCAGCCUUCCAUGUCCACAAACUAAAGCAUAUGGUUGGAUCAUUUCACUUGAGCUGCACUAAUAUGUUGAGAAAAUGGGAGGAGAUUGUAAGGAGCGAUGGGCCGACGGAGUUGGAUGUGUGGCCUUAUCUUCAGGCGAUGACGAGCGACGUGAUAUCACGCGCUGCUUUCGGAAGUAGCUAUGAGGAAGGAGGGAAGAUAUUCCGGCUGCAGAGAGAGCAAGCCGACUGCAUCUUGCGAGCUAAUCGCUCUCUCAACAUUCCAGGAUGGAGGUUUUUGCCGACGAAAGAAAACAGGAGGAUGAAGGAGCUGGCCAAGGAAAUCGAAUCCAUAUUUGUGAGCAUCAUCAGCACUCGAAUGGAAAGCUGCAACAAGGAAGACGACUUGCUGGGAAUACUAUUGGAAUCCAAUUCCAACGAAAUCAAACAACACGGAGCCAAGUGUGGGAUGAGCAUGAAGGAGGUGAUUGAAGAGUGCAAGAUCUUCUUCUUCGCCGGCCAGGACACCUCAGCAUCCCUCCUCGUCUGGACCUUGAUUCUGCUCAGCAAGCACCACGACUGGCAAGCUCGUGCCAGAGACGAGGUCCUGCAAGCUUUCGGGAGGGAUAAACCAGACUAUCAGGAGCUCACCCACCUCAAAAUUGUGAGCAUGAUCGUGUACGAGGUUCUGAGGCUGUACCCGCCGAUAGUGAUGCUGGCGCGGCUGACGGACAAGGAGUGCGCGUCGGGGAAGGUGAGCGUACCCGCCGGGGUGCAGCUGAUGCUGCCGGUGCUGCUGCUGCACCACGACCGGGAGAUAUGGGGCGACGACGCGAAGGAGUUCAGGCCGGAGAGGUUCGCGCUGGGCGUGUCUGAGGCGACGCGGGGGCGGCUGGCCUUCUUCCCCUUCGGGUGGGGGCCGAGGAUUUGCAUCGCGCAGAACUUCGCUCUGCUGCAGGCGAAGAUGGCGCUGGCUACCAUACUGCAGCAUUACUCCUUCCAGCUGUCGCCUUCCUAUUCGCACGCUCCUCGCACGGUCGUCAGCCUCCAACCUCAGCAUGGAGCUCCCUUGAUUCUUACAAAGAUUUGAGGUUGUGUCGAGUUUUAAUCUGUUGCAGAUUUGUUUGGUUGUUUGUUUCUGUUCUAUGAUUUAUGGCUGCAGUGAUGAAAACUUAAUAGUAUUAUUAUUCUACAUUUGUAGUUUUUAACAAUAUGCCCUG